AUGGCAUUAUUACUGCAAUCGUUGAAGGACAAAAAAGAAGAAAUAUCGAGAAUCAAUGCUGAAAGCUUGGAGAGAAACUGUUCUGGUUUGAACGUUCCAGCCGCUCAAAAAAUUGCGCUCAAGGAAGUAAUAGAGGUUGCGACAAAGAAAGAUCCGAGAAAGCAACUUCUUAAGAAACAUUUUGAGCGUAAACCAUCUCUGCAGCGUCACGGCGUGUUUUUAUUGGAUGAAAUAAAUUUGCGAAGGUCUGUCUCAGUUUGCUCGAGAAAUCUUACCUACGUUGGUUUGACUAAUUUUGGUAACGAUGAGCCACAGUCUACCGACAUUGAUGAUCAAGCAACUCAUGGUUUAUUUAUCAUAUUCCAAUCGCUUGCUGAUACGUAUACACAACCUAUUGCUGUUUUCGCAUCGAAAAACCCUGUUAAAGGGAAAGAAUUAGCGAAGAUUGCGGUCAAAGCCAUUGCGUACCUCGAAGAAAGUGGAGCAAAAAUUCACGGGAUAAUUGCUGACGGCGCAUCCACGAAUAAGAAUAUGUGGUCGCUAUUAGGCAUUUCCACCUCUAUCGAUGACACGAAAACAUGGUUUAGCCACCCUCUGGACAGCGAGUAA